UUAUGUUUCUGUGCCCCACAGGAAGGUAGCUGUGAAUCCCGGGCUCUGACCCAUUACGAGAUGGUGGGUCUCCAUGAAGAGUGGCCUGAGCCCGGUUUGUUGCUGGAGGUGCGGCGGAGGGUCACAUCGCUGGCCCUCACACAUCCGGGGCCAGUGCUCAUACACUGCAGAUGUGGUGGAGGGCGCACAGCGGUGUACACAGCCGUGGACUUCUGCCUCCAUCAGCUGCAGGCCGAGGACCGGGUGGACGUGUACAGCACAGUGCUGCACCUGCGCCGGUUCCGCAAGAACAUGGUGCGCACUCUGAACCAGUACCAGCAGGUCUACGAGGCUGUGGCUAUGUUCCUUCAGUGUGGUGUCACUGUGUACCCUGCCGAGACACUCAGUGCUGCAUACCAUAUACACUACGCCCAAAGCGGGGAUGCUAAACGUUAUAGGCUGGACAAGGAGUUCCAGACGCUCCAGUCCAUUGUACCUCGACUCAGUAUUGGAGACUGCGCCAGUGGACACAGGGUGGAGAACAGAAGCAAGAGUAGAGACAUCAUGAUGUUACCACCUGAAUGUGCCCGUCCAUACCUAACCACUGCUGACUGCGGAGACAGCGGAACUGACUUCAUCAACGCAGUCUAUGUGGAUGGUUACCACGCAGAGAACAACUAUCUGGUGACGCAGUGGCCCAUGAGGAGGACGACCCCUGACCUUUGGCGCAUGCUCUUUGACUUCAAGAUCACCUCAUUUGUUUUCAUGCACGAUCCCCAAAAGUUCUCCAGGAGCUACCCAAGGUUUUGGCCUAAAGAGAUAGGACAGGACGCCUGCUAUGGACCUAUACGUGUUCGAUACCUCGGCUGUGAGCGGAAAUCCAACUUGGUGGUACGCACGUUUGCCAUCAGAAAGCCCAAACGCCACCCCCACCUCGUAGUGCAGACCCUGGUGCGCAUAAGUGAAGACGUGAUGAUCAUGAACAACCUGGUGGGCUGUGAACUCCGGCAGGACGAGCUGAUAGUCAAGAUGUUCCAGGUUGUCACAGCAAGUGGCGGCAGUGGAGACUCCGUGAAGUGUCGCAGUGGUGGUGGUGGCGGUGCUCUGGCCUCGCUGGGGUUCCUCUCCUCCUCACGAGCCGGCCGUGGUUUGGACAGCAGUGGUGGUGGUGGUGGUGGUAGUGGUCGGUAUACUGGGCACAGAGGGGUUGGGGUUCCAUUCCGCUCCCUGCUGUCUGCGAUGGAUCACGUGGCCGAGUGGCAGCGACAGAGCGGGAAUAGACAGCCCGUCUGCAUCAUUUCCAAAGAUGGGAGUAGCCGAGUUGGCGUGUACUGCGCUGUGGCUAUAUGCUGUGACCAGGUGCGGGCGGAGAGAGAAGUAGAUGUCUUCACAGCGGUUCGGUACGUGAGGAAAAACCGGCCUCAGCUAGUGCCGAACGUGGAGGAGUACCGGUACAUCUAUCGCUUCAUGACGGAGUUCAUCGCCUUGACGAGCUCAAAACCGGACAUCGUCAUCUGCGAACCGACACUGGAUGCUACGUCAUUUCCACACGGAAGUCACUUCGGUUCUGUGGUCACUCCGACCGUUGUUCACGGUGGUGUGUACGUCACUAAUAAGCCCACCAGCUGUCAGGCAGGGGACAGGGACACGUUGGGCAACUCUAGUUCUUCGUACAGCAUGGCGGCAUCUGUGAGGAAAACCGAGGGCGACUUUUUGUCUAUCAGCCACACAGGGACGUACAGGACAGGGGGCGGGGCUUCAACCUCUCCAGCCUCUGGGUCAAACUCUGCUGAGGCUGUGGACAGAGAGAGCAGUAGCACUGCAGCCUCCCGUGAGGACCACCAGACCCACACAAAGCAAAAAUCAUUUACAAGCCCCGACCAUACGGCAAACCCCGCCCACAUUGCAGUCUCGGAGUACCAGAUAAACCCAAUACUCCGCACAAACCCCGCCCAUCCCAGAGAGAACGGCCAGACUAUGACUGGCGACACUCCUAGAACUAAAGCAGCACCCCCUCUUUCUAUCAACCAUCAGCUCCGCCCAGACUCCACUGACAUGCCAGCGUCCCUACUGCCAGCCGACUGUGCACGUGCGCACCCGGGCCCCGCCUCCCCGAACAAAACCGCUCCUCCUUCCCCCAGUUUUUUUCUCACACCAGGGCAAUACCUAGGCGGCUUCAAUAAUUUCUCAGACAGUAUGUCUCAAUCUUCUCACCUGACCUUAUGCAAAAGCAACUCCUUCUACUCUUGUACCUCCCACCUCAGCAUUAUCAGUAACCAUGGCAACGGUGAGUUGCUGCUGAACGGCUCGCCCUUGGGUAGCUCGUGCCUACUGAAAACUCCACUCGGCAGUACAGUCAACGGAGGCCUUAUGAAUGGACAUUUGUCCAGACCAAGCAGCAUCAACGGGAAUCUCCAUCAACGCGAUGUGCGCACUGAAGACGUCGCGAUGUGCAAACUUCCCAGCUGUAGAAGCCACUCUGAUAUGCAGCGUCUGGCAGACGUGCACCAGCUUACAGCCAAACUGGCAAAUCCUAUAAGCCCGCUGCAGCCUGACCUGAGCCACAUGAAGGCCCACAGAAACAGCAGCGACACUACAGAUAUUAAACUUAUCCAUGCCUCAUAUGCCUCGCUUGACGAUUCGUUGUCCGGCAGUUUGGACCCCAUCGACCACCACUCCAGCCCAGUGUGGUCUAGAAGUGGCGCAAUUGAUAAUUCCCGCGGGCGGAACAAACACUCGCCGAAACAAUCGCAGAAACGUUCCAAUCGCGGAGAAGGUAGACAUGUCAUUCUGCGUAGCAAUGGCAACGAUAGCAACUGUGAGCCUUUUGAAAAACCGGAUCCUAAGAACAAUGAUCAUAACAAUUGUGUGCGGCAGUUGACACCAGCUGAAAACUCUCAUCCAAACACACGGAGAGGUAACGAUGCAUCGACAUCACCGGCAGAUAUCGGCAAAGCAGCAGCGUCCGCCUUUACAUGGAAGCUGAAGAUCAAAGGCUGUCGAUACAAGAAAAAAGUGAAGAAAGCUCUUGUUACCUGAUGCCAAUUUUGGUCUGCAAAAACAACUACAAUUGUUUCACUCCUUCCA